AUGGAUUUUCUGCUGGAACACAUGCUGCCUCACAUUGAAGUACCAGACUUUCUGAACUUAACUAGUGGGGCACCCAAACUAUCCAUAAAUGACAAGUCCACAAGUCCAAAGCCAGAUUUUAACAUAACCGAAAACCAUUUAGUUACACUGUCAAUGACUCAGCGUAAUGCUUUUCUGACGAUUCUGGCUGUGCUGUUCAUUUUGUCGCUUUGUGGAAACAUCGGCACACUUUACGUCAAUUUUCGAAGAAAAAUUCGGCCUUUUUUCCGAGCUUGUAUGAUUUCUUUAGCUGUCAGCGAUCUGCUGAGUACAGUUUUCUUCACGACAACUCAUUUCACGCAAAUAACUGCGAAGUACGUGCAACUAUGGCGCCUUGGAGAUAUCAUGUGUCAACUGACACCCUUCGUCACCACCACCGCCAUUUUGGCCAGUAGCAUGACACUUGUCGGCAUUGCCUUGGAUCGUUAUUGCGCUGUUCUGAAGGCGGCCAUUGGUCGUUGGAGACCCAGUGUUGUGUUUUGCGUCUCUUGUAUUAUUGCAAUUUGGGUUGUGGCACUCGGUAUAGCAUGUCCGGUAGCAUUUUUAUACCAUACCUACAGAAUACUUAUAUUACCAUCGAGAAGUUCGGACACCAGUAUAAGAACAGCAAAUGCUGAGAUAACAACAAUGGCAUCAGCAAUAAAAAUGACAAGUUCAGCAUUGAAAUAUACUUUCGGAAUGGACUCUCCUAAACACAUUGUGCUCGAAGAAGGCUUGUUGGUCAAAAUGUGUCUGGUUUAUAAGAAAGACGUUGCUCUCUAUUACGUCAUUGUUUUCACGUUGAUCUUUGUGCCUUGCAUAGCCGCUUUCGUUUGGCUUAAUUUGAUAGUUGCGAAGAAAAUUUGGAUUCGUCGACAUCCAACCUUUACACGCGCCCACAAGUAUAAACUAAACAAUAAUAAGAAAACUUCCAAAAACAAAUCGAAAGCACAAAUACCUUCAAACCUGGAGAUAUCGGAAAACACUGCAGACUCCAUUAAAGCACGUCCGACGACGCCAAAUAAAAAUUGCAACUGUCGCGUGUCGCAUGCGGCCAGCUUAGCAAUGCCGAGCAGCCUAGCUAAUGGACCCGAAAAAAUCACCCCGCAGACUAAUGCGCCUACUUAUAGUACCAAAAAUAAAACUCGUGAGUCCCGACACAUUCGCAUGUUCACUAUUAUCCUUAUAAUGAUGGGUAUUUUCAUGACCUUUCGCCUCCCUGCUUGGAUCUUCCUAAUUAUGCGUAUAUACGGUGACUAUGUCACAAAAGUAGAUUGGAUACUUUACUUCAGCUUCGGAAUCAUGAACUUGACAAGUUGUGUGUUAAAUCCGCUCUUCUACACUUUUCUAGCGGAGACCAUACAGUAUUUCAUGUUCUUCAAAACGAAGCUCAUAGACGAGAUGUGCGGCCUGCGGGCGUGUUGCAAGCGCUACAAGGAACGUAAAAGCGAGCAGGAGCAAAAAAUCAAAGUUGUUUAUAAGGAGAAUGGUGGUGCAGAAGUGGUGCAAGUGGUUCCCGACACAACAACAAGCACUAAGUUUUUAGGAGAUUGUUGUAAAUGCGGUGGCAUGAGAAUUGCUCAGAGAUAUGUAAAUCGCUCAGGAGUGCCUAAAGUUAAGCAGGCUAUGCUGCUUGUACAAGACCCCAAUACCAAAGCACUGUUUAACGAACAGGAUGAAGGUGUAGUAUGCAGUGAUGCUAGUUUGGAUGCAGAGGAGAGUAGCUGCGAAAUUGUGGAAGAACCACAAAUCGUUUACACCAUUUACCCACACGUCUUGGGAUCAGACGCUGUUGUUAAUUCAGAAAAGCAAAAUGGUUGA